AUAUGAACAAAAUUAUAUGUACUGUAAGGAUACUUACUAAAUCAAAUCUGUGACAUGUUUUAUUGUUUUACUGUGUAAGUUUCGUUGUAACAAUGUCGACAAAAACAACAACGUUUGCUGAUCAAAACAACAAACGACUUCAAAGGACGCGCUCAGUGGGCUUUUUUAAUACACGACCAAAAGAAGAGAGACCAUCAUCUCAGUUUGACGUCUGGAAACUAAUCAAAAGAAGCAAUGUUGACAGUCCGUACUGCCUGGCCCUCCGUUAUCGUAGUGCUAUCUAUCCGACCGCAGCACGCCGAGCCCACUCUACAACACCGGCAACUAUACACCGUAGAAGAAAGAAUACAGAUUCGGCGAUGACGUCGGAGAGCGAUGGGCGAAGUUCACAACUUAGUCUACUAAAUGACUUACAUGAUGGGGAGAACUUCUUUAAGGAAAACUACGAUUUUGACGGAGAAGAGCCGCAAGAACCACCUCGGUAUCCACACUUAGUGCACAAACCUGGUACCUAUAUACAGGAACUCUAUCUCAAAGCCUGUAGACAAUUGCAGAUUCCGCAUUCUUCAUUCUUUUACAAAAGCUUGACUGGUGAAGAAAUAGUCCUGAAAAGACAACGCCUAGGUCCGAUUGGUAUGAAAGCUUGUGCAGUUGCUUUAGUGGAAACUUUGAACAUACAUACAUUAGAUCUGACAGACAACAACCUGGGACCGGACGGUGCAAGAUACCUGGCGGAACUUAUAGCAGAAAAUAACUUUAUUAAACAUUUAAAUGUAUCAAGUAAUGCCUUAGGUUAUGAGGGAGUCCGUGUUCUAGCUGAUGUUAUUAAGAGGACAGACACCAUAGAGACCCUUAAUUUAUCUGACAAUGGUAUUGGUGACCGACAAGCAGAAGCUGUUCGCCCAAUAAUAGAGGACACAAACAAAUUGAAGAGACUGAACCUUUCACACAAUGAGCUGCGGGAUGAAGGUGGAAAACUUGUUGGAGAAGCAUUAUUAUGGAGUGACACUAUAGAGCAUCUAGACCUCAGCUGGAACCAUUUACGAAGGAAAGGAGUCAUUAAAAUUGCCGAAGCUCUUGUUAAAAAUAUUGGUCUAUCAUCACUGAACCUCUCUUGGAAUGGACUCCAUAUGUCCGGUAUUACAGCACUAGCCAAAGCAUUAGAGAAGAAUUCCACCUUAACAGAUCUAGAUGUCAGCAAUAACAGGGUAGACAAAUCAUGCCUGGACAAACUGUGUGUCAGUCUGAGGAAAAAUAGUACAUUGUCAACACUGAAGAUUGGUCAGAAUCCUUUAAAGCACGAAGAUGCAGUGACAGUUUUGACUUUCCUCCAGGAAAACCCUUCCAGCGGCUUAAAAUGUAUAGACCUGAGUGACAUCUCUGUCGACGAAACUUUCCUAGCAGUCCUAGACGACCUGCAAAGUGCAAAAGAAUUGACAGUUAAACGUGGGAAACUACGGGGACACGAAAUGACCAUUCAUGAUUACGAUGAAGGUCUGCUUUUGAAGGAAGAUUCUUGGCAUGUGCUAGAGGAGAUAAGUUACGUACUAGGAGUGAAUAUAGUGAAAUUAUUUAUAGAUAUCUCCGAUGAACUUCAUUGCUUCUUAACGCCAGACCAAUUAGUAAAUGGACUGAAGAUAUUAAUGAAUCCCUUGAGUGACAAAAGUACAGAUAUUCUUGUCAAAAGGCUGGACAGAGAUGAAAAGGGAUACGUAGAUUUCAGUUCAAAACGCAAUGCAAAUAAGAGAAAGCCAUCAGCAAAAACAGGAAGGAGGUUUUCUGUCAUAGAAACUCUGCACGAGAUAGGAAGUACGAUGGUUGACAAGGAUGAACAUGAUUCCGACGAAGAAGACCCUGUAGAGAAAGUGCCUGAAAAUGCAUCAGAAAGAAUUCGGAAAUGUUUGUUUAGGGUGAUGACUAGAAGAAUGAAUGGGAGUACAGUGUACAGAAAAGAUGUAGAAAUCAUGAGUCAGAAUGGUGAGAUGAUGUUAAAACAUCAGAUCAUAGAUAUGUUGCUUCAGCCAAAAGAGACAGAAGACAAUAUAUAAAAAUGAAACCAGCUUACUCCAAAAUGAUCCCAGAAAUUACAUGUGUAAAGGAUUCUAGUAUAUAACUUCCGCAGUUUCCUGUUUCUCAGGAUAACAGACUCUUUACACACGUCUUAGAACUAUUGCGCGUUGGAAAGAUACAGUUUCGCAAAUGUUCUGGCCAAGUGUCAACAUUAUAAAUAAAUACUAACAAACAUAGAAUAUUAAUAUAACUACAGUGAUUAUUAUAGAAACUCCAAAGUACUAGUACUUAAUUUGAGCUUCGCAUCAAUAUUUGGGCUAUGAAACACCCUACAAAAUAAAGUAUAAGUGUGGCAUACAGCACUAACCUACUGUGUCGCAAAUAUUGCAAUUACUGGCUUAUCGGCAAUGAUAUUGGCGAGUUCUGCCCAGAGAAAAAGAAUGGAGGAAAAUGAAGAGAUGGCAUAUUAAAUAAUAAAUAUGUCUUUAUUUUCUAUCAAAAUUAUGGGAAGGUGGGGUUUUUGUUCUAAACAUUUCACCCAGAAAAAAAGUCAAGAAUGAUUUUCUUGUCAUUUGUAGAUGAGAGCGAAAUAUGUUUAUAAUUGGUGACCACUGGGCAAUAAUUAGGAGCAAACUAGUAAAUAUAGACUUACCGGGUAUAUACAGAAUAAACGUGCGUAUGCUUUGCGAGUCUCUGGUACAACUAACAAAGCCAUGUCGGUUAGGUUUAGGUAAGCUUCUAAACAUAUCCUUCUUAUACGCAGUGAUCAUGUAGAAAUAGUAUGAAUAUGAUGGAAAGUAUUAGAAAUAACGCUAAUUGCUAUGUUCAGGAUAUGUUAUGGUUGUUCAGUAUGUUGCCAGGAAUACCACUCAACAACGCAUUACAAUACACUUUUCGAGAGGAAACCAUGCCAUUCGCAAGGGAUUUAGUGGCAUAACUGGCAAUCGUUUCCUUAAGGUAAUUCAGAUAUGACCACAUCCAAGCAUGCCUUUGUCUUUGACUCCUCGUUUUCAAGGCGACGUUACAGUUUACGGGUCCAGCUCUUCGGAACUUUAACCGUCUGUUAAACUAACCACCUGUUUAAAUUUGAUUCAAAAUAUUUGUGGGAAAUACUAGUAUGAUUUUUUAUUUUACUGUAAGGAAUUUUACUGUUUAUGAUACUUAACUCAUCAAUUUGAUUUUCUAAGUCUUCUAAAAUGUCGAAAUAUUACCCUAAACCGACCUUUAGAUUAAUCGUCUGUAAAAGUUUCGAACAACUAUGUCCUAUCUCUUAACUUUAUGGAUAUUUUAUCAUUUUUGUAAUUAAUGGUAACAAUUUGACCAGAAAGAUUUCUAAAUGCCAUGUCGGUAUCGGAAUGAGUUAGCAGAAUUAUAACUAAACUGAUAGCUUUAUUUUCCUUAUGCCUGUGUAUUUGUUUUAUAGAACGUCCUAGAGUGUAAUUGCUCAUUCAGUCUUUGAAAGAACAAUCGGCCGUGUCAUGUGUUCUUUUAUUAUACCUCACAUAAAUGUCCAAUGCAAAUUUCCUAUUAGUUUAACUUGAAUAAUAUAUCAUAUUCCCCAGUGAUUUUAUAUCACAUGCGCAAAAUCGUUAUUUUCAAUUUCUGCGCAGGUGUUAUGAUCCAUAUUUUCAUAUCACAUGCCCAACAGCGUUAUUUUGUUUUUCUGCGCAUGUGAUAUUAUUUUUUCAUAUCACCCGUUGAGAGAUUGAUACUUUCGCAUUGAUUAAAAGACUGAGUCGAUACAUUUUCAGACGAGGCGCUUAUAUAAUUAUACUUUAAGACUGAAUUACCAUUUUCUGGUGCUCUUGCAUGUGCAAACAGGGCCGAAAUUUCUUAUUUAUGCUAAGUGCAAAAUAUUUCGAAAACAAUUUUUAUCAAAUAUUGAAUCGAAACUACCACUGUAAGUUUGGAAAUGAUCUAACUAAGAAAAUGAGUGCUCACAAUUAUAUGUUUCGUUUAGAAAAAAGAAAGUUAUCGCCAUUUUUCGAAUGCUACUGAUUGACGCAAUAUUGAAAUAUUAGAAUAAAUAUAGGGGUCAACGAUAUGUAAACGUCUCGACUAAAUCUAUUAAAAAAAAAUCUUCAUUAUUUGGUUAGUAAUUACUUUUAAUGUUAAAUAAGUUAUGUUGAUUUUCCAGUAAAUGCUUCGACUCUUAUAAUCUUUCGAUAUAAUAAAAUAAAUAUUGCAUUCCUGAGAGGGUGAUAUGAAAAAUGUUCACCCCUCGAAAUAUGAAUAUAGACCUCGGCUGGCGCCUCGGUCAAUAUUCAUAUAUCUCGCGGUGAACAUAUUUCAUAUCACCCUCUCAGGAAUGCAAUAUUUAUAUAAUAACAUCCAUUGACGUCCUCCCCAAAAUACCGAUACCCCAUUUACUCAAAAGGCUAAUAAAAGCACGUGCACUAUAUUUGCUAAGAUUGUACAUUCUACAUUUUAUCUCAUGAUAUAUCGCAUGUUUGUAUUUAAGGUUCUUAUUAAUUCGCAUACCUAAUAAAGAAUACAUGUAGCGUUUUCGUCAGAAAAUUGCUGUAGUAACUGGU